UAAUAAUACAUAUUUAAGUGAACUACAAUUGGAGAAUCUUUUUACUUACUAGGAAGCAGGUAAUCAAGUAAAAAUGAAUAAGUAGCUAGUCGUGAUUUAGCCACAUGCUUUACAACUCUGAACAAACAGCUCAGCACCAAUGGCUGCCGGGCUGCCGCGCUGUAACUGUACUUCUGAUCUGACUCUGACUCUGAGCCAGCACAUGUGCACAGGAUGUAUCGGAGCGUCUCCAGCUGCUGCUACUGAUGACUGAAGCUGACUACUGACUGCAGGAAUGGAUCCCACACUCAGAAAGGCCCAGAAGAUGUUUGGCAUAAAAGGGAAAAAGAAGAAGAAAGAAAACAACACAGACCUGGUCAUGGUAAACGUGGGAGCGUUGGAAGGAGAGUUGGCGGUGCCAUCUGAAUAUUCUUCCCUGCUUGAGGGAGAAAACUCUGAAGACCAACCUGAAGGUUCCGCAGUCAGAACCAGAAUAAUACCAAACAAUAAGAGGGCCAAACUGAAAACGCUCAUCCAGAAGAGUGAAGGGAAACCGCAGAGCUUCCAGAUUGCCAUUAACAUCACCGAGGCCCGGCAGCUGGUCGGAGAGAACAUCGACCCCAGUGUGGUGAUUGAAAUCGGCGAUGAGAAGAAACAGACUUCAGUCAAAGAGGGAACCAAUGCUCCCUUUUACAAUGAGUAUUUCGUGUUUGACUUCUUUGCCCACAAAGAGAUCUUCUUUGACAAAGUCAUCAAGCUGACAGUGAUGCACUCUAAAAUGCUGAGGAGUUUCUGCAUUGGGUCCUUUAAGCUGGAUGCGUGGACAGUCUACAAACAGCCAGGUCACCAGUUCAUCAAUAAAUGGGCAAUGCUGACCAAUCCUGUUGACAUUAGCACUGGCGUCAAAGGAUAUGUCAAGUGUGACAUCAGUGUCUCAGCGAAGGGAGACAACAUGCAGCCGGGACCGAAAGCAAGUGAUGCUGACGAGCAGAUAGACAAGAACCUGCUGAUACCAGAAGGCUUCCCCUCUGAGCGACCGUGGGCUAGAUUCUCUGUGAAGGUUUAUCGAGCUGAAGGCCUUCCAAGGAACAACUCCAGCAUCAUGGCCAACGUCACCAAGGCCUUCAUAGGAGACAACACAGCACUCAUCGACCCAUAUGUAGUGGUCAGCUUCUUCAAAAGAGUGGGUCGCACAUCCACUCAGAAGUCAACAGCAGACCCGGUGUGGAACGAGCAGAUCGUCUUCACAGAGAUGUUCCCCCCUCUGUGUCAGAGACUGAAGAUCCAGGUCUGGGAUGAGGGGAGCAUGAGCGAUGUUACCAUAGGAACACACUACUUUGACCUGAGACGCAUCUCUAAUGAACAGGAUGGUGACAGAGGGUUUUUACCAACUUUUGGUCCUGCUUGGAUCAACCUGUACGGCUCUGCCCGAAAUUAUUCGAUAGGAGAUGACACAGUGGAGCUUAAUGAGGGCAUCGGAGAAGGCGUGUCCUACAGGGGUCGGGUCUACAUGGAGCUCACCGUGGAGAUCCUAUCAGGAGGGACAGGGCCCGAGUCCAAACUCAGCAAGAUGGUCAAGAAGGACGCUAAAGCAGGAAAAGCAGGAGGGAAAGAUGGUAAAACUCCUGCAGGAGGAGCAGCAGCAGCAGCAGGAGGAGCUGAAGAUGACAAAGGAAAAGCUGCGGCUGCAGAGGUUCUGCCUGUGGAACCUCCUCCUGUUCCGGAUGAUCACAACAACGAGAGCUUUUUUUUGUUCGGGGCGUUGCUUGAAGCCACCUUGAUCGACAGGAGGAUCGGAGACAGGGCCAUCAACUUUGAGUUCUCCCUGGGUAACUACGGUAACGUCCUGGAGCCUACAGGCGCCCCCCUCCCUGCUCCCAGUCCCUCUCCCAGUCGGAGGAGGCCGCUGGAAGUCCCCGACAGCAGCGACACGUUGGGUAGCUCUCCCACCAGGAUGUCCUCUUCCUCCACUUCCACCCCCCUCCUAGCCGAACAGCAGGACCCCCCCUGGUCUAAGUCCACCACGCCUCCACAAAAACCGUGCAUCGUUGAAGGAAACAAAUUCUUCAUGUAUCUUCCCAUGGAGAAGCAGAAGCCGUGCAUUACUUUGCUGAGUCACUGGGAGAACAGAACCUACCGACUCCACAACUCUAACCAGCUGGAGAAUAUAGCUGUUCUGUUUGAAGAGGGUGUGGCCACUGUAGCAGAGCUGCACAGGAAGUCUGACCCAGGAACAGAGCUUUUGCUUCGAACCAUACUCAAAGAAUUCUGCAUGGACGCCAGGGGUUUCAUCACAACAGCACAGGCCAAGUUGAAGGCAGAGAUGAAGUCCAGCUACCUGACACAGCUGGACAGGAAACGCCUCACCAUGUGCAAACAGGAACUGGAGAGUAUGAUGGAUGAGGCCCAGUCCUUGGGAGAGAGGAAGAGAAAAGCUGGUGGUGUGAAAGAAAUGUUGCAGAAAGCAAAGAAACUCACCCAAAAACUACGCUUCCUUGUGGAGGAGCCCCAGCACACUGUGCCAGACAUGUUUGUGUGGUUGUUAAGUAACAACAAGCGUGUUGCGUAUGCUCGGGUCCGUGCCAGAGACCUGAUGUUCUCCAGCAGCCAGGAGGCCCGAGGAACCCACUGUGGGAAGAUCAUAACACUGUUCCUAAAGCCUCCAGGGAAGCGUGUUGCAGGCUUGUCAGUCCAAGCGAAGGUGGAUGUGUAUCUGUGGUUUGGAACCUGCUCAGACUCCAACCACAUGAUGGACGACCUCCCUGCGGGGUUCAGCCCAGCGACAGGGGGCGCUGACGCCAGCUGCCCUCCCAUAAGCCUUCUCUGCACAGAGCAGUAUGAAUUUGAGAUGAGGUGCCACAUGUAUCAGGCCCGGGGUCUCAUCGCUGCAGACAACACCGGCCUGUCUGACCCGUUCGCCCGAGUCACAUAUCUAUCCAACAGCCAAACCACCAACGUGAUCAGUCAGACUCUCAGCCCGACAUGGAAUCAGUGUUUGCCGAUGGGCCGCCUGAUGCUGAGUGGAGAUCUGCAGCACAUCCAGGAGGAGCCACCACGCAUUGUCAUCGAGGUGUACGACGAGGACGCACUGGGUAAGGCGGAGUACCUGGGAGCCACGGUGGCAGUGCCUGAGGUCCGGCUAGCCUCCGACGCCUACACCCCACCGACUCUGCAGUACAGCUCGCUGCACUGUGGCAGCCAGCCUGGGGGAGACCUGCUGGCUGCAUUCGAACUACUGCAGAUCCAAAACUCCGCAAAGCAGAGUCUGCCGGCGUUGGAGGAAGGAGAAGGCGGCUUCUACACAGUCCCUGCCAACAUCAGACCUGUUCUCAGUACCUACAGGCUGGAGGUGUUAUUCUGGGGUCUGAGAGAGCUGAAGAAGGUUCAGUUCCUGUCUGUUGAUCGUCCACAGGUCUUCAUAGAGUGUGCCGGUAAAACCCUGCGUUCCUCCGUAAUUCAGAAGUACAAGUCCAACCCAAACUUCACCACGCUGGUUGAUGCCAUAGUUCUGGAGUUACCAGAGAACGAGCUCCUCCACCCUCCUCUCAGCAUCACUGUUGUGGAUUGGCGGGCCUUUGGUCGCAGCACAUUAGUUGGAAACCACAUCAUCAACAAUCUCAAGGCCUUCAAAUACACUCCCCCCCCAGCCCUGCCUGCUCCUGUAGAAACACACCAACCCACCAAGGUCCUGAUGCCAGAGCAACUAAGCGAUGAAGGACUGUUUCAGUCUGCUGGAGAGACCAGUUCAACCGUGGUACUAACAAGUGAAGAUUUCCUGAUCACUGUGGAGGAGGAAGCUCCACCUCCUCCUCCUCCUCCUCCGCCUCCAGCUCAACCCACCCCGGAAAAACAACCCAGGAAGAAAAAGGACAGCAAAAUAGCGGGCACUCGUGGUCGCUCCACCAAGAGGAAGAAAAGGACCAUAGCUGACGAAUCAGCAGAGUGUGUCAUCGACUGGUGGUCCAAAUACUACGCAUCUGUGGAGAAACAGGCCAAACUGGACGUCUCUCUAUUCCCCAAGGUCUUUGAAAAAGCUUUGCCGUUGGAGGGCUUGCUCAGCGCUGGAAUAAGCUCCUUAGUCAGCUUCUCAGAUGGAGACAAGAAGAAAAAACUGAAAGAGAAAGGAACACUGGUGACAAACAUUGUCCAGUCUACUAAAUUAGCCACACUAAAGCUGUACAGCAAGGAGCUGGAGGCAGAGUUUGGGCCUUUUGAUGACUGGGUGAGCACAUAUGAGCUGUUCAGAGGAAAAGCCAAUGAGGAAGAGGGGGCGAGUGAUGAGAGAUUUGUUGGCAAAUUCAAGGGGCGAUUCUGCCUGUAUAAGAUGACUAAGGACGAGGUGGAGGAGUGGGAAGAUACCGCUGACAUGGGAGACAUCAAAGUCAACAGAGGAGUCCCUGACAACGGGAAGGUCCAAGUCCUCAUAAGGAUUUACAUCGUCUCUGCAUCUAACCUGCACCCAUCUGAUCCGGAUGGAAAGUCCGACCCUUACAUUGUGCUUCGGCUUGGCAAGAAUGAAAUCAAAGACAGAGACAACUACAUUCCCAAACAGCUGAACCCUGUGUUUGGAAGUUCUUUUGAGAUGCAGGCGUCAUUUCCUCAGGAGUCUCUGCUGUCGGUGGUGAUCUAUGACUAUGACAUGGUGGGCGGGGACGACCUGAUCGGAGAGACUCGCAUCGACCUGGAGAACCGAUUCUACAGCCGACACAGAGCCACCUGUGGACUCCCGACUGAGUACAGCCUUGACGGUUAUAAUGCCUGGAGGGACUGCCUGAAUCCUUCAGAGCUGCUGUCUAAGCGCUGCAGAGAUAACGGUCUGGAGGAACCUAAAUUCGCACCAGGACGCAUCACAGUGGCGGGCAAAGUUUUUGGUGGCAAGACGCUCUUCAUGAUUGAAGACGAGCCUCUGGAGUCCUAUGAGCACUUGUCUCUAAAGAUCCUGCACCGCUGGUCAGAGAUCCCGAGUGUGGGAUGCAAGCUGGUGCCAGAACACAUCGAGACCAGAACUCUGUUCAACAAGGCUCGGCCCGGCAUGGAUCAGGGUCAGGUCCGGAUGUGGGUAGAUAUGUUUCCCAUGGACUCACCUCACCCUGGACCUUCAGUGGACAUUUCACCGCGAAAACCAAAAGGGUACGAGCUGCGUAUCAUCAUCUGGAACACAGAAGAUGUGAUUCUGGAGGAUAGCAACUUCCUGACGGGUCAACAGUCCAGUGAUAUCUACGUCAAGGGCUGGUUGAAAGGUUUAGAGGCCGACCGACAGGAGACGGACGUCCACUACAACUCUCUGACCGGAGAGGGAAACUUCAACUGGCGCUUUGUGUUUCCCUUCCUUUACCUGCCUGCUGAGAAGACAGUAGUGGUGAGGAAGAGAGAGCACAUUUUCUCUCUGGACAAAACAGAGCAGAAGCUUCCUGCCAUCCUCAGUCUGCAGGUUUGGGACUUCGAGACGCUGUCUUCUGACGACUUCCUAGGCACGUUGGAGUUGGACCUGCAUGGUUUCCCUCGAGGGACAAAGACUGCAAAGUCGUGUAAAGUGGACAUGUUGACGGACGGGACAGACAGAAUCUCCAUCUUCCAGCAGAAGAGAUCGAGAGGUUGGUGGCCCUUCACCAAAGCUGGAGAGCUAACGGGAAAAGUGGAGGCAGAGUUCCAUCUUGUGACAGGGGAGGAGGCUGAAAAAAAUCCAGUUGGCAAAGCACGCAAGGAGCCGGAGCCGCUUCCAAAACCAAAUCGUCCUGACACCUCCUUCUCGUGGUUCGUCAAUCCUUUCAAGUGUUUCUUCCACUUGGUGUGGCGGAGCUACAAGAAGUACAUCAUCAUCGCCUUGGUGCUGCUCAUCGUCAUGCUGUUCCUCGCCCUGCUGUUCUACACACUGCCAUCAGCCAUUUCUCAGAGGAUAGUCAAUGGAUAACACACGCUAACAUCUUAUUUUAAAAUAAUGGAUGACUUUUAGACGAUGCAACUCCGCCUUCCUCUCAUGACAGCCCAAGAAAAACUUGGGCAGCUUCUACAAAGUCUUAUAUACCAAGUUUUAAAGGGACAAACCUGGUUAAGUGCCCAUCUUUAAAAACAUAUAUAAUAAAAAUAAGGAUAUACAUGGUCA